AAGAAGAGCGGAUCGACAAGCAACACCCCAUAAUAUUCAUGCUGCACCUUCUGUAUUAGAAGAAGAAGAAUUAGAGAUUGAUUUCAUGAGUAUGAAGGGUAUGCAUAUGUCAUCAAGAAGACAUCCACAACCACAACCACAGAUAUCAAGAAGACAAUAGAAUUCUUUUUUGAAAAUAAAUUCCGAAAUCAAAAGGGAAUUUUAAUUUUCCUUUUUCUUUAUGCAUUGGUUUAUAAUAGUGUUAUUGAUAGUAAAAGUAACAGCCAUUCAAUUGACUACCAACCUAAAUCAGUGUGAUUGUGGCUACCAGCAAGACAAAGACACGCAAUGGCAAGAAUUAUGGCAUAUUGACUUUGAUCAAACCAAAUCAAAUCAUUCAUUGAUUGACCCAGAACAAUUCUACUCGUUUAAAGACUUGUUCUUUUCUAACUAUGUGAUUCAAGCCAAAUUCAAUGACACGUAUCCCAGAACAUUUAAGCGAACGAAUGUACAAAUCACAGAAGCUGGACUUGAAAUUGCUGUCAAGACACAUCUGAUCGCCAACGCCAGUCGAUAUGAUAUCACAUGUGGAGGUGUAGGCACAGACAGACAGGAUAUAUUGUAUGGCUCAUUUCGUAGUUUUAUCAGAUCCAGUGCUGUUUCAGGUACUGUGGCAGGCAUGUUUCUGUAUCAUGCGGAAGGUGAAAUUGAUAUUGAAUUGGUCAGUGCGUUACAACCACCUCAGGCUUAUUUUGCCAUGCACCCAUUGAUCUAUGAUGAGAAUGGGAGAGCAUCACCCUUAACCCAUGGUGAAUCUAUCUUGGGAUUUGAUCCUUCUUUAGAUUACCAUGAAUACCGUUUUGAUUGGUUUCCUAACUUGACUGUCUUUUAUGUGGAUGGGAUUGAAAAGUAUCGAAUGACUACACACGUGUUGGGAUUGCCAAGUCGAGUUAUGUUUAAUCAUUGGACAGACGGAAACCCUAAUUUCAGCCAAGGACCUGCUAAACAAGAUGCCAGUAUCUUUAUUAAAAACAUGACUUUCUUUUUUAAUGCCACUUCCUCUUCUUCUUUGCCAUGCCAACAAACAACAACUGCUUGUCCAAUACAAAGUAAGUCACAUCGAUGUCUUUCUAUGAACUGAUGAAUAUAAUGUAGUGAUUUCAAACGAACUCGGACAGAGUCAUCUGGAUAAAAUAGAACCCUUUUCAUCCAUGGCUG